GUUUAAGUUUUCUGAUAAAAAAAAGACAUAACUUGUAAAUACAGAGGUGUGUUUUUUAUCGUAGCUAAAAUGAAGAAUUGUGUCGCAUUUCAAACACAGUUAGCCUCUAUAAUGGAAGUACUAGCCAAAGCAGCUGUGGCCGAAAUAAGCAAACUUGUUGAAGAUGGGUCCGUUGUGUUGCAUCUGGAAGUAUCCCGAAGCCAUAAAGAAAUUGACAGUCUGAGGAGGAAACUACAGCAUGUGGAGAGCGAGCUGAGGACGGCGCGAGAGGUGGCAGCCCGAGAGAGCCGCUCUAUUGGGGUCCAGGUUGAGAACCUGUUCGGAGGAGCAGAAGGAGGAGCUCUUGAGGGUGGUGCUGAUGCUGGAGAGAGACCUCCCGUUGACCAACGGCUCAAGGAGAAAAAGUGUAAUGCACAGACACACAACACAAAGCCUGGCUUUGGAUUCACGGUGAAGGCAGAGCAAGAGGAAGAGCAUGUAGCCCAGAGACUCAAUAAGACAGGAUGUGAACUCAGUGCAGGAAGACUCAGCAGUCUGGGCUCUGAGUAUGUAAUGUAUGAGAGAGACAGUCAGGUGUGGACUUCCUUUAAAAAAGGGGACAGUGACAUAGAGACUGAUGAUCCAGUUUGUUCUGACACUACAGAACAGUGCUCACAGAGUCUGUUAGCACACUCACCACUACAGCAUGCUCCUGCCACCAUGGAAGUCUCUGGAAACACACUAUCCUCCUUGGGGAACGAUGUUCAUGCUGUAGAUGGUGUUCUUGUGAAAGAGGAAGCAGGUGGGCAGUGUUCAUACAGUGAAGAGAACAGAUCUGAGAUGGGUGGCGCACAGCAGACAGAGUACAGACAGCCUCCGCUCUCGAUGAAUGAUCAUCUAACCUCACAGCUCUGGCAACCGCUGCAGCAGCCCUUAGACGAGCAAAUAGGAAUUACUGAGAACAUCACAGAUCCAGUCUCAAACAUUAGCCAAAAGACCAGAAUCCACUGGAGAACUGGCAUAGGGGAGAAACCUCACAGCUGCUCACAUUGCAAGAAGAGUUUUGAUCGUUUUAUUGACCUGAAGAGACAUCAGCGAAUCCACACAGGAGAGAAACCGUUCAGCUGUGGACAGUGUGGAAAACAUUUCAGUCUGAGGUGUAACCUUAUCACACAUGAGAGGGUUCACAGCGGGAAUAAACCAUUUGGUUGUGCUCAGUGUGGGAAGAGAUUUGCUCAGAGAGCUCACCUUCGAACACACUACAGAAUUCAUACAGGCGAGAAACCAUAUCACUGUACCCAGUGUGGGAAGAACUUCACUCAGUUGAGUGGUCUUAAAACUCACCAGAAAGUCCACAAUAGAAAUGAGCUGCUAGAAUUUGGAAUUAAUUGUAUGUGAUUAUGCUUAUGCUUAUGAUUAUGCUUAUGUGAUUAAGUUCGAAGGAAAUACAGUUUAUAGUCACUGUAUUGAAAGGCUGCCAGCUGAAUGACUGUCUUUGGGCAGCACUUGCUUAUAAGGACUGGAUCCUUGUCCGUAGAGCUCAUCACUGUAAUGAGGGUUAGUACUUUACCCACAGUCACAUGAGGGCUAGUGCUAGUACAUUAGCCAAACUCACACGCAAGCUAGUGCUAGCACAUUAGCCACACUCACACAAAGGGCUAGUGCUAGUAUGUUAGCCACACUCACAUGAGGGCUAGUGCUAGCACAUUAGCCACACUCACACCGAGGGCUAGUGCUAGUACAUUAGCCACACUGACAUGAAAGCUAUUUCUAGUUAAUCUAGUACAUUAGCCACACUCGCACAAGGGCUAGUGCUAGUACAUUAGCCAAACUCACACGCAAGCUAGUGCUAGCACAUUAGCCACACUUACAUGAGGGCUAGUGCUAGUCAUUUUGCCACACUCACACGAGAGCUUGUGCUAGUAAAUUAGCCACACUCACACGAGAGCUUAUGCUAGUAAAUUAGCCACACUCACACGAGGGCUAGUGCUAGUACAUUAGCCACACUCACACGAGGGCUAGUGCUAGUACAUUAGCCACACUCACACGCAAGCUAGUGCUAGAACAUUAGCCAAACUCACACAAGCUAGUGCUAGCACAUUAGCCACACUCACACAUGAAGCUAGGACCUUAACCACACUCGCCGUUCUGGGCACCUGGCAUAUGGCAGAACCCUUGGCUCUGGCACAUAAUACAGUUUUAUUUCAAACUGCAUCUGGCUUGUUUUUUUGUUUUGGCCUGUCCUUAUACAUGAUGGUGUGGGUUAUUGUGUGGGAGAACAGAAUGCUAAAUGGAUAUUUGCUCAUAAAUAAAUGGUCAAAAUGACAAAUCUGUUUUGUAUUGCUUGGCUGUACCAAAAACCAGCAAACUCAGGGAUCCCCCAGGACUGUACCACUGAAUUAGAUAAUUCAGUGUGAAAUGAAGGACAUCACAUCCAGGGUCUGCCGGCCACUCUGCCAUCUCCAGGUACCAUGCAGACCCUGUGUGGCCAACUCCAGAAAAAGAACAGGCUGGGCCUACAGAGAGCAGUAGAAACCAGCUACAGGUUACAGCAAACAAAUAAUGAAUAUGAUCAGUGUAUAUCGUUCCAUAAUUGUAGAACACAACUGGCUUUCUCGCCUAGUUAGCCUGAGAUUUUUAUAUCAGUGUUUGCAUAGCCUGUCUGAUAGAGAGCUACAUAGAUCUAUUUGGGUUGCUACCAGAACUGUUUCAUAGAUCUGCAGAUCUAUGAAACAAAAGGAAGUAAAAUUAGUAUGACAAUAUUCACUUUACCUCAUGAAGAUAUUUAUCAAGGUGCUCUUUUUUCACUCCCCUGCUACACUUAUGAGCCUCAAGAACAAAACUUCUUGAAUGAGCAUUUGAACUGACUUCCUAGAAUAGUAUAAAGGUCUAAAUGUCAUACAUUUGUCUGUUUAUAAGCAAAAUAUAAACAUAUUAGGAAAUCUGUACUGCUCAAGUUGUCUCCCAACGCCUAAACUCCAAGGGACAGCAGAUAGAAAAGUGCGGUUUGUUUAUAAUAUUUACGGUAAUACAGUCAGUACGGUACGGUGCCCUCGGAAGUAGUGUCGCUUAAUGUCAGUUUAUGUAUCCGGACUAGUUUGCACAAUACUUGUGCUUGGCCGUUUAAGUUCUCCGAUUAAAAAAGACAGAACUUACAUAAAGAGUUUUUUUUAUCGUAGCUAAAAUGAAGAAUUGUGUUGCCUUUCAAACACAGUUAGCCUCUAUAAUGGAAGUACUAGCCAAAGCAGCUGUGGCCGAAAUAAGCAAACUUGUUGAAGAUGGGUCCGUUGUGUUGCAUCUGGAAGUAUCCCGAAGCCAUAAAGAAAUUGACAGUCUGAGGAGGAAACUACAGCAGGUGGAGAGCGAGCUGAGGACGGCGCGAGAGGCGGCAGCGCGUGAGAACCGCUCUAUUGGGGUCCAGGUUGAGAACCUGUUCGGAGGAGCAGAAGGAGCUCUUGAGGGUGGUGCUGAUGCUGGAGAGAGACCUCCCGUUGACCAACGGCUCAAGGAGAAAAAGUGUAAUGCACAGACACACAACACAAAGCCUGGCUUUGGAUUUAUGGUUAAGGCAGAGCAAGAGGAAGAGCAUGAGAUAGCCCAGAGACUCAAUAAGACAGGAUGUGAACACAGUGCAGGAAGACUCAGCAGUCUGGGCUCUGAGUAUGUAAUGUAUGAGAGAGACAAUCAGAUGUGGACUUCCUUUA